CGCAUCGUUAGAGCACUAAAUACUCAUAAUCAUACAUCUUGCGUCAGCUGUUAGCUGGUGGGUUUGAUUUGACAUGACACUGACUUCAGUGAUAAGCCUGAGUCAGUCCGAGUCUUUUGUGAACCUGUGAUUAACCAAAACCGCACAGAUAAUGGAAGAACACCUAACGGUAUGCGGCCUACCAGCCCGCGAAGAGCCCGUCAUCAACCAAAAUAUCGAUACUGGAAUAUUUAUCCUUCUCAGAAGGAAAUGCAAGGCAUGGGUCAUGCUCAGCCCUAAUCAUCCAAAAAGCAAGGUGUACUACAAAUCAUAUGCUGAAAGAAGGAAAGAGAUGACGCGGCAUAUGGUAAAGUACAACAAUUUUAUCAUACAUCCCUUCAGUCUUUUCAUGAUGUACUGGGAAUACUUCAUAAGCAUCCUGGAGAUCGUAUCUAUGUUCAUCUUCUGCGUGAGCAACGCCUACAGCUGGGCUGUAAUGACCGACAACGGUUCCUUCCUCCUCCGCCGGUAUGUGGACGUCUUCACCACCAUCGAUGUAAUCCUGCGGCUGUUCUUCGUGGGCUACUACGAUUCGGUGAUGAACAAAUCGGUGCUGAGAAGAUGGGCGAUCAUUAAGCACUACUCCUUCACGUUGUUCAUACCGGACAUGCUGUCAAGUGUCAACAGUCAUUUCUACGCUUUGUACGAAUUGGAUGACAACGAAACUAAUGGCACGAUUCUACGGUGGAGCAGGCUACUGGUACUCACAAGGUUCUUCCGGAUACCCAUCUGGUUCGAAACUUUGGAAUGUAUCAAGAAAAGGAUCGGUCUCAGUGUUGUUGUGUCUUUCUGCCUGAGGAUGUUGUUAUUGAUUUCGAUUGUCUUAUGCACUUGUUACACUUUGGGACUAGUAUUCGAGAACGCCAUAGAGGCUACUUACAGCACAGAGGAAGCGAAGUGGCAGUAUUUCAACAUUACCAGGUUCUUUGGAGUAACUGCGAAGGUGAUGCUGGUAUACAUAAAGGAUAUAUUCGACUAUGAGUUGAUCGCAGGCGAGAUUAUCUCAGUAUGGUGCAUGGUAACAGGCUUCAUUAUAAACGUCCUUUUUCUGGCAACCUUGAUGCAAGCGAUCUCCCGCUACCUCGCCAUAACCAAAAACAGCGAAAGACUGCUGAGCGAAUCCCAUCAGUAUCUGAUCCACCAUCAAAUACCCAGCAAUAUCAGACACAGAUUCUCAGACUAUUUCCUCUUCAAGUUCCAAAAUCGCUUCUAUAGAGAGGAAAAGAUCCACAAGAUGCUGUCGCAUGUCCUCAAUGACCAGAUCAUGAUCUCCAUCACCAAAGAACACGUGGAAAGAGUUGAAUUCUUUAAGGAUCUGCAUGAAGACGUGCUCGUGAGUUUGGUGAGGAAACUCAAGUUGGAAAUAUUCUUGACCGGAGAUAUAAUCGUAAAGUCGGGUGAUAUGGGGGACGUAAUGUAUUUCAUAAACUACGGCACAGUAGCAAUCUACACAGCAGCUGGCAAAGAGCUCUGUCAUUUGGAAGAUGGUGCUCAUUUCGGCGAGAUUGCUUUGAUCUUUGAAGGACCCAGAGUAGCUACAGUUUCAGCAGUGACGCCCUGCGAGCUGUUUGUGUUGAGCAGAAAGGAUUAUACUGAAUCGUUGGAGCCCUACCCCGCGAUCAAGGCGAAGAUUGAGGAUAUAGCUAGGAAGCGAAUGGGACAGAAGUAGAGCUUUAUCUCCUUUUUAUAUUAUGUCUGAUAUGUCAGUGUUGAACCGGAAAUAAGCACUUCCAGCACAGCAAAUUGUUCACUGAAGAUUAAUUGAACUCCGUUGUACUGUGAAAAUCCUCCGGUUGAACCUGUGUGAGAAUUUUUGCACGAGUGGUUACGACCACUACUAAGGUUAUUCAAUGCAAAUAAGAGAUGAUUGAUACCUAGGUAGGUAUGCGAGAAGUGCGUAGUCGUAUCUUGCUUUAAUGAAUAUGAGAGAAUGCUGCAUUGGAAUAGGUAUUCACA